AUGCCACAGUACGUUUGUGAGCAAUGUGGGACUACCUUUCUCAAAGUAAGCCAGUUAAGGCAGCAUCAACGAACUGAAAAUCACUGGACAAAACACUCCUGUGACAUAUGCGGGAAAUGGUUUACGAGAAAAGACAAUUUAGACCUGCAUAGAAAGAAACACGAACAACAGAACAAUGUACACUGUGACGAAUGUGGUCAGACAUUUAGCCGUCCAUUUACAUUGAAUAGACAUAAGGAAAAGGUUCACCAACAAGUUGGAGGACGGAAACGACCAGCUGAGGAUUCACAUCAACAAGAUGAACCUGUCAGUAAAAUACUGAGGAAGAAUGAUGACCCAAGGCAGUAUUACGCCGUGACAAAAAUAAAGGAACAGCAUAUGUCUAAGUUUAAAACCACGGCAUCGACCUACAAAGUCAAUUUCAAAGACAUCGAGGUGACGGAAGAUGUACUGAAUGCAAUGAAAAAGUUAUUUGCCAGCAUUCUCAUGGAUUUGACCAAGGGGUCCAAAUCAGAGGACCUUGUACGACUGACAGUACAAAGUCCGUCAUUGGACUAUCCUAUUGUGGUGCCAUUUAUUCGUGUACCGCAACUGACUGUUGAUAGAUUUAUGGCCGAAAUCGAGCGAGUGCUACAGUCCAACGAAGACUUUGUCAUCGACGAAUCGCUGCUGUUUGAGGUAACCAUGGUCGAGAUGCCCAAAGGCGGGGCUCAGAAAAGAUGCCACUUUGUCAAUACAGACAAGUUCCUGCAAAACAAGAAGUGUAUCAUUCGUAUACAGAACAACGACGAUUUGUGCCGUGCAAGAGCCAUUGUUACUGCUAAAGCGAGAAUUGAAAAGCAUCAUAAAUGGGAGAGUAUAAGGAAAGGGGGCAAACUACAGGAAAAGUUGGCCAUUCAGUUACAUGAGCAAGCAUGUGUCGUGCCCGGUAAAUGUGGCAUAGAAGAAAUUCAGAAAUUCCAAUCAGUUCUUACUGACUACCAAAUAAACGUCGUUUCGGGCGACCAUUUUAACGGCAUUAUUUAUAGCGGCCCGGAGACAGAACUGAAAGUAUAUCUCUAUUUUCAUAACGAACAUUAUGACAUUAUUACCAGCAUGCCGGCAUUUCUAUCCAGAAACUAUUUUUGUACAAAGUGUAAUAAAGGAUACGACCACCGAGAAGAUCACAAGUGCAACAAUGUGUGUUACGCUUGUCGUAAGGUACACAACGAGCCCGCAGAUAUGGACUGGCUACAUUGUGAUUCGUGUAAUCGGUUCUUUCGGGGUCAAGCAUGUUUUGAUUUACAUGAGAAAUUGACGAUGAAAGGAAAUUCAACCUGCAAAUCCAUCUAUCGUUGUGGAGAGUGUGGGAAGACAGUCAACAGAAGAAUUGACAAAGCUCAUAAAUGUGGGCAAACCUAUUGUCACACCUGCAAAGACUUUUUCCCAGACUUGCACCAAUGUUAUAUGAUGCCUGAAGAAAAUGACAGUGAACCAAUGUCUAUCGAUGAAGAAUUAAUAGAUGAGGUUGAGAAUGCUAAAACAUUUAUCUUUUUUGACUUUGAGUGUACACAGGAUGACCUGGUUCAGUGCGACAUGGGAUAUACACCGGAUGUGUUUGGGAAAUGUUUACAUUGUGUUAAGUCUUCUUGUGGUUCCUACGAACACAAACCUAACCUCUGUGUUGCGCAAAAAGUAUGCACACUGUGUAUGAAUACAGAAGAGUCGUGUGAGAGUUGUGGGCAGCGUGAGCGUGUGUUUCGAGGUGAACAAACGGUAUUCGAUUUUUGCCAGUGGUUGUUUUCUGAGGAAAAUUACAACACCACCGUGUUAUGCCACAAUUUUCAGGGUUACGAUUCAUAUCCCAUAGUACAGUAUCUGUACAAGUGUGGAAUCCUUCCCACUAUUGUACCUAAUGGUGCCAAAAUCAUGAGCUUAACCGUAGACUCUUGCAAACUCAAAAUGAUCGAUUCUAUAAAUUUCCUCCCUAUGGCCUUGGCAAAGCUACCUUCUAUGUUUGGAAUUGAAGAAUUGAAAAAAGGCUACUUCCCACAUUUGUUCAAUCGCAAAGAAUAUCAGAAUGUUGUCAUGAAUCAUUUACCCGACAUUCAGUACUACAAUCCCGACGGUAUGAAACCAGGUGAUAGAGAAACAUUCUUAACAUGGUACAAUGAGCACAAAAAUGACACUUUUGACUUGCAACAUGAUCUGUUAACAUACUGCAGGUCAGAUGUAGACAUAUUACGGCGUUGCUGUUUAAAGUUCAGAGAAAAUUUCAUGGACGUGACAGGACUUGAUCCAUUCAAUAAGUCCAUUACUUUACCAUCGGCCUGUAACUUGGUUUUCAGGACUAAUUUUCUGCAGCCUGAGACCAUUGCCUUAAUUCCUAGACACGGUUACAAUCCUGAACAAAAACAGUCAGUCAAGGCCAUUCAGUGGAUUAAGUAUCUAUCAUACGUACAAGGUCACAAAAUCCAGCAUGCAAGAAAUGGCGGAGAGAAGACAAUUGGUCCUUAUUUGGUUGAUGGUUAUUACGAAACUGAUGGCGGUGGAAAGGUGGUGCUAGAAUUUCAUGGAGAUUUCUGGCAUGGGAAUCCAUUAAAAUAUUCACGUUCCACCAUGAAUCCCGUAAAUCAGAUGACCAUGGGGGAACUUUAUGACAAAACACUUGAAAAGAAAAGGUACUUGGAAAGCUUUGGAUACCUAUAUAGAUCUAUAUGGGAAUCUGAUUUUGAUCAAGAGUGUAAAGAAAAUCCCGACAUGAGGUCAUAUAUUGAAAAUCUUGAACUCGUGACUCCACUGGAACCGCGCGAUGCGUUUUACGGGGGUCGCACAGAGGCUUACACUAUGUACAAAAAGGCUUCACAAGACGAGGAUAUUGAUUAUUAUGACGUGACAUCAUUGUACCCUUGGGUCAACAAGACAGGAAAAAUACCAGUAGGACACCCCGAAAUUAUCACAGAAAAUUUUAAGGAACUGCACGAUUAUGAGGGUCUUGUCAAGUGUAAGAUACUCCCACCACGAAAACUAUUCCAUCCAAUUUUGCCAAGCAAAACGAACGGGAAGUUACUGUUUCAUUUGUGUAAAACCUGCGCUGAUACUCAGCAGCAAAUGUCAUGUACACACACAGAUAAAGAGAGAGCUUUCGUAGGGACAUGGGUAAUAGAUGAAGCGAAAAAGGCUAUCUCUUUGGGAUAUAGGGUUCUCAAGCUGUACGAGGUUUGGCAUUUUGAUAACAUCUCAAGGUACGAUCCUCUCACCAAGACGGGUGGAUUGUUUACCGAGUAUGUCAAUACUUUCCUGAAGAUAAAACAGGAAGCCAGCGGGUGGCCUGACUGGUGUAAGACAGAGACAGACAGACGUGCGUACAUUGACCUUUAUGAACAAAAAGAAGGCAUUCGCCUGGAAUAUCAUAAAAUAAAGAAAAAUCCUGGUCUAAGAGCUUUAGCCAAACUCAUGUUGAACGCAUUUUGGGGGAAAUUUGGUCAAAGGUCCAACAUGCAACAAGUGGAUAUUGUUGACGACCCCCAGACAUACUUUGACAAGUUGACAUCUGACCGCGAGGAGGUGACCUCCGUUAAUUUUGUAUCGGAAGAAGCUGUAGAGAUGCGUUGGAAGUACAAAGAGGACUUUGUAGAAACGAAUUCAAAAACUAAUGUCAUCAUUGCAGCAUACACUACAAGCCAGGCCCGCUUGAAAUUAUACUCGUACUUGGAGAACUUAGGAACAAGGGCAUUGUAUGCAGAUACGGACUCAGUUGUCUUUUCUUCUAAGCACGGGGAUUUAAAACCUAUACUCGGGGAUUAUCUUGGGGAUUUAACAAAUGAGGUUCCAAAUAAUCGCAUUCGCACGUUUGUGACAGGGGGGCCCAAAAACUAUGGAUAUGAGUUACAAUACCCAGAUAAAAAUGGCGAUCGCACACACUGUAAAAUAAGAGGAAUCACUCUUAACUACAAAAACUUGUUAAAUGUCAAUUUUAACGUUCUUGAACAGUUUGUGACAAAACGUCCUAAUGCAUCAGUUUCAGUGGUAAAUGCCCAUAAAAUCACAAGAGACAGAGACAACUCGCAGCUGCUCACAGUAUCAGAAAAGAAGGAUUACAAAUUAGUGUUUGACAAACGUGUCUUGCGAGAGAACUAUAUUUCAUAUCCGUAUGGAUAUUAG